GCCCGUUUUCAUACUGGUCUAGUGAGCUGGGCCCGGGAGAAUUAAAUGUGGAAGGCUAAGGUGUACCGAGAAUGGGGUAACCUGUGACAUCUUAAUGUUUCCGCCGAGUGGCCCAUGUAGUCGUUUUGCUGUAUCAUGAGGAAGAGUCUGGCUCCCAGUCAGUUGGCGAAGAGAAAGCAGGGCAGCUCAUCUGAAGAUGAAGAAUGGCGUGAAGAUAAAGUCCCAAAAAAGAAACGUUCAAACAGCAGUAAGGACGGUCCAGAAUGUUGGAUCUCACCGUAUCGGAAACCUUUGACACCGCUUAUCAACCGGCCGGUGUGUCUUGACAGCAGGCAACAUGAGGAGUUUAUACGUAGUAUACUAUCAAAGCCGUUCAAAGUACCGAUUCCAAAUUACAAAGGAGGCCUGGGCUUACGUGUUUUGGGUAUCAAGAAAGCUGGUGUAAGGAGGGCACUGCAUGACCCUUUUGAGGAAAAUUCGUUAGUUUUAUACGAGCCUCCUCCACUGAGUGCCCACGAUCUACUCAAAGUAGACAAGGAGAAAAUCCCAGUUCACGUGGUGGUUGACCCUGUUUUGGGAAAGGUUUUAAGGCCACAUCAGAGAGAGGGCGUGAAGUUUCUAUGGGAAUGUGUCACGGGCAGGCGUAUCCCUGGAAGUCACGGCUGUAUCAUGGCAGAUGAGAUGGGUUUGGGAAAGACCCUCCAGUGCAUCUCUCUCAUGUGGACCUUACUACGGCAGAGCCCAGAUGCCAAACCAGAAAUUGAGAAAUCUGUGGUGGUCUGCCCAUCCAGCUUGGUUAGAAACUGGUAUAACGAAGUGGGAAAAUGGUUAGGAGGAGCAAUUCAACCUCUAGCAAUAGAUGGAGGUUCCAAAGAAGAAAUAGACCAGAAGCUAGCUGGCUUCAUGAACCAGCAUGGGGUACGGGUUCCCUCCCCAAUCCUUAUCAUCUCCUAUGAGACAUUCCGCCUUCACGCUGAGGUCCUGCACAAAGGCAGCGUGGGACUUGUCAUCUGUGAUGAGGGUCACAGAUUGAAGAACUCUGAGAAUCAAACAUACCAAGCUCUAAACAGUCUGAAAACAGAGCAACGUGUCCUCAUCUCUGGAACACCCAUUCAGAACGACCUUCUUGAGUACUUUAGCCUUGUGCAUUUUGUCAAUGCUGGAAUUUUAGGGACAGCUCAAGAGUUUAAGAAACGUUUCGAAGUUCCCAUCUUAAAGGGAAGAGAUGCCGAUGCCAGCGAUGCUGAUAGACAGAAGGGAGAAGAGAAACUCAAAGAACUGAUCAGCGUUGUCAACAGGUGUCUGAUCAGAAGAACGUCGGACAUUCUUUCCAAGUACCUCCCGGUGAAGAUUGAGCAGGUGAUUUGCUGCAGAUUGACGCCGUUGCAGUCUGAACUGUACAAACUGUUCUUAAAACAAGCUAAGCCUGCAGAAGAGCUGAACGAGGGGAAAAUUAGUGUCUCUUCAUUGUCAUCAAUUACCUCAUUAAAAAAGCUGUGUAACCAUCCGGUCUUGAUCUAUGACAAAUGCGUCGAAGAGGAGGAAGGAUUCCAGGGAGCUGUCGAUUUAUUCCCUCCAGGAUACAAUGCUAAAUCAUUAGAACCACAGUUAUCGGGAAAAAUGCUGGUUUUGGAUUAUAUUCUGGCAGUCACAAGAAGUACGAGCAGUGACAAAGUGGUCCUAGUGUCAAAUUACACUCAAACGCUGGAUUUAUUUGAGAAGCUUUGCAGGACCAGAAGGUAUCUUUACGUGCGCUUAGAUGGCACCAUGUCAAUAAAGAAGAGAGCGAAAAUAGUGGAACGCUUUAACAACCCUUCAAGCCCAGAAUUUGUCUUUAUGUUGAGUAGUAAAGCUGGAGGUUGUGGCCUGAACCUGAUUGGUGCAAACAGGCUGGUGAUGUUUGAUCCAGACUGGAACCCAGCCAAUGACGAGCAGGCAAUGGCUCGUGUUUGGAGAGAUGGCCAGAAAAAGACCUGCUUCAUCUACAGGCUCCUCUCGACUGGCACAAUAGAAGAGAAGAUUUUUCAGCGUCAAGCUCACAAGAAGGCCUUGAGCAGCUGUGUUGUGGAUGAGGAGCAAGAUGUGGAGAGGCACUUCUCCAUUGGCGAGCUGAAGGAACUCUUCACCUUGAAUGAGGAGACAGUCAGUGAUACUCAUGACAAAUUCAAGUGCCGUCGGUGUGUGAAUGGCCGUCAGGUUAGGCCUCCACCAGAUGGUACAGACUGCACGUCGGACCUCUCACAAUGGAAUCACUGUGCUGACAAGCGAGGGCUGCAGGACCCCGUACUGGUGGCCGCUUGGGAUGCUGCUGUCUCGUUUGCCUUUCAUCAUCGUUCCCACGAAGAGCAGAGGGGAGUCCUGUGAUUUAUGUGGAAUGAAGUCCAGUAACAGACAUAAGCAUGAGCUAUUUAGUAGUAGUACACUAAAUUAUUUUAAGGGACCUAUUUAUGUGAAGGGUAGUAGAACAUGACCUUGCAGCUGGAUCCAAGAAAUAAUGUAAAUUCCACAAUUGCACGUUGUGGAACAACUUGUCUCGUGUGGGUUUUCAAAAAAAUACAAAGAUGAGUCUGACAUCUAUCUGAGGAGCCUGCCGUUGUGAAGCCUUUUUGUACCGUGUAUUCCAUAGCAGCCUGUUCAAGUAUACAACAUAAAUAUUAGGUCAAAACUGAAAUGAUCAUUAAAAUAGCAAGGUACAAUCACGUGACACAAUGCUGCCAUCCAUAAUGAAAAUAUGUCAGACUGCAUCUUAAAUCUUGCUCUCAUGGAAUGGAACUGUGUUCACCCUUAACUGAAUAUUGCUGUAAUUCUGUAUUGUUUAUUCUACAGCAUCGGCAGCUUGUUUGAUGGAUCUAUAAUAUGAUGAUCUAUUGAAAAGGUGCAGAGAACUGGACCACCUCAAUCCAAGAGUUGGAUUGUAAAAAUAAAAUAAAUGUCUGGUUUUUGACAGAACAGGGCCCUUCUAGGAACAUCUUCCACAUCAUGAUGUCAUCCAAAGCUACUAGGGGUUAGAAAAGAGUAAAAAGAA